UCCCGGUGCUCCGCAGUCCCGGCCCCCUCCCACCUUCCUCUCUCCCUGCAGCCCCGCGCUCCCGCUUCCCGGCGCCUCGGCAGCCUCCCAUCCCUGCAUCCUCCCAUCCCUGCAUCCUCCCAUCCCUGCAUCCUCCCAUCCCUGCAUCCCUUCUGCCAGGCGUGCCUGCCCUCCCGCAUCCCGGCAUCCCUCCAUCCCGGCAUCCCUCCAUCCCUGCAUCCCUCCAUCCCUGCAUCCCUCCAUCCCUGCAUCCUCCCAUCCCUCCAUCCCAGCGCCGCUCAGCGCCCUGUGAAGCCCCGCCAAGGAUCUGAGCCCUGACCCCCCGGUUUUGGGGAGCCUGGGGGGGCCGCACGGUCCCGGGGGCCGCGGCCGGGCUCAGCACCAGCCCCGGGGCGGGCGGGGGCUCAGGACCCCCUGCGCCCACCCUCGGCACAGCCGCCCCGCGCCGGGGAUGAGGCAGCGCCGGGGGGGCCACGAGCGACGCCGCAGGUAACGCAGCUGGUGGGAGCUCUCCACCCCCGGCCCACCAUGCCGUCCUCCAAGAGUGACAGCGAGUUCUGGAUCGAUGGAUCCCACCGCGAGGUGGCCCUGGAAGAUUUCUACGUCGUGGGCCCCGAGCUGGGACGGGGAGCCACCUCGGUGGUGUUCAGCUGCCAGGAGAAGGGAACAGGAGCCCCCUACGCUGCCAAGAUCCUGAAGAAGACGAUCGACAAAAAGAUCGUGAGGACGGAGAUCGGGGUCCUGCUGCGGCUCUCACACCCCAAUAUCAUCAAGCUGAAGGAGAUUUUCGAGACGCCCUCGGAGAUCGCGCUCGUCCUGGAGCUGGUGACGGGGGGAGAGCUCUUCGACAGGAUCGUGGAGAGGGGGUUCUACAGCGAGCGGGACGCGGCUCACGUGGUCAAGCAGAUCCUGGAGGCUGUUUCGUAUCUGCACGAGAACGGGGUGGUGCACCGGGACCUGAAGCCGGAGAACCUGCUCUACGCAGACCUGUCCCCCGACGCGCCCCUCAAAAUCGGUGAUUUCGGGCUCUCCAAGAUCGUGGACGAGCAGGACACCAUGAAAACGGUCUGCGGGACGCCAGGGUACUGCGCCCCCGAAAUCCUCCACGGGUGCCCGUACGGCCCUGAAGUGGACAUGUGGAGCGUGGGCGUCAUCACCUACAUCCUGCUCUGUGGCUUCGAGCCCUUCUUCGACCCCCGUGGGGACCAGUACAUGUACAGCCGCAUCCUCACCUGCGACUACGAGUUCGUGUCCCCGUGGUGGGACGAGGUGUCCCCCAACGCCAAGGACCUGGUGAGAAAAUUGAUCGUGUUGGACCCCCAGAAGAGGCUGACGGUCCACCAGGCUCUGGAGCACCCCUGGGUCACCGGCAAAGCUGCUAAGUUUGCUCACAUGGACAGCACGCAGAAGAAGCUGCAGGAAUUUAAUGCCAGGAGGAAGCUGAAGGCUGCCAUGAAGGCCGUGGUGGCCUCCAGCCGCCUGGGCAACCACGGGCACCACGACUGCUCCCGCGGCGGGCGCAGCCGGGGGGGUCCCCGGGGCCCCCUCCCGCCCCAGGGCACGGGCACCGGCGGCCCCGCAGCCACCACGGCCAGCCAGGACCUCGGCGUGUUCCAGAGCGACCACCCCCCCCGUGCCCCCGUGCCCCCCGUGCCCCCCGUGCCCGUGCCCGGCGCCGGCUGCCGGAGCUAACGGGGUCACCUUCGACCGCCGACACCCACCGAGCCCCGGGGGCGGCCGGGGGGGCCGCCAGAGCCCCCAGCCCGCGGUCUGGGCUGUGGGACGUCCUCCUCUCGUGUCCUGUCCCCGUGAGUGGUCCCGCUCGCUGUCCCUGUGUGUUCUGUGCCCACCCGGCCCGGGCACCGGGCAGGGCUGGGAUGGGAAUGGGAAUGGGACUCCUCUUCCCUCUGGGGCUUGGAAAGGUCCCGAGUGGCUUCCAAACGAGGAGCAAAGAGCAGAACAAAGGGUUUCUCUCCCCUCCAAAGGCAGUGGGUUGUCUCUGAGGGGUCUGUACGUUCCUGUAAAUAGCCCUGGAAGGUUUAUUUCUUUAGGUUAUCGCUGCCCCUUGCUGUGAUGUCUCCAGUGCUGUCAGCCAGGCCCAGCUCUGGGUUUGCUGCUGUGUUAGACGAGGUUUUAGGAGCCUCUGAACAGAUUUUUGACCCUCUCUGGAGAAAAGUGUGUGCCAGUGGUUCCCUCGCCAUCCCUAGUGGGCAGCUGACCUCCUAUUUGUUUUUCUUCCACCUGGUUUUGUGUGUCCCCAUGUCGUCUUGCUGUGGAUUCCUGGUGGUGCUGGGGUUGUCGUGGAACUGGGAAUGCUGGCCUGGCCUCUCCUUGGCAUUCCAGGUCAGCAUUUACACAGCAGUUCUAAGCAGGAACAGCACAACCCUCUCCAAGGUGCUCUGUGGGACUCAGUAACUGCUGUGCCCUGAGGGAGGACAAUGAGUCUAAACCCACUCGGAUUGUUUGUUUGUUUUUUAAUGAAAUCAGGGGACAAACUUCUUGAAAAGAAAUUUUUUAGUCAGCACUUAGCGAGCCACAGGAUAAGCAUUUGCAGAUUUUAAUGCAGACCCAGUGACCAGAACAGGAAAAGCCAUAUUCCACGUGGGAAUUAGGGAGAGCACAGCGGCACAGCCCCAGCUGGGGGGAUGCAGCCAGGAUUGAUCCCUGGGCAGCCCAUGGCCUGCACCCCCGGGAUUUGGGUUCAGAGCAGAGUGUUCAGGGCAGAGUCUCACCUGGAGGACAAUCAGUGUGUCCAGGAGGUUCAGCCCCCCAGGACGGGGUGCAGAACUGAACAGCUGGUACAGGAGGGCAAAAAGCCCCCAAAAUGGAUGUUUUGCAGAAGCUGAGGCCGCGGUGACGGACCCAGGGGUGACAGAGCAGGGUCAGCAGGGCCGCCAGGGCACGGGAGGAAAACGUGGCACGAGGAUUUUGUGUUCGUGGGCAGCACAAGCAGAAAUCAAAAGGGCUCUGUGGAAGGGCUGAGCCACCUUAUGGGGCUCAGUGAUGUUCAGGGAGCUUGUAAAGCCAAAUACAGAGGAGAAAUAGGAUGUUCAAGGGGGGAUUUUAUUUGGAAAAAUAUUAUGUCUCGAGCAGAACUGGACCUUUUCCAGCUGAGCUGUGCCUGGGUGGGAUGUCACAGGGGAGGACGUGGACGCUGAGCCCGAGGGACACUGCAGCACCAGGAAAUUAUCCCUUUUUCUUUGCAUUUUGCAGCAGGGGCAGGUUUUUUCUCUCCUUUUUCUAAUACUGAGGGCUGACCCCUGCAGUGUGUUCUCACCUCCAGUCCCUCCCACCCUCGGUGUGUCCUUCCAGCUCCGUGCUGUCUCCACGUGCUCCAGUGGGACCGGAACCCCACCUUGAACCUUGUUGUUCAUUAACCCGGGUUUUACAGACUGUUUUCUAUCCUUGGACAUGAAACACUGGUUAAAGCACCUUGCAGGACCGGGCUGGAGUGCUCAGCACCCCCAGAGCCUGGGAAGCAGGGACUGGUGCUGGGAAUGGCUGUGACCUUGCUGAGCAUCCCCAAUCCCGCAGAAAAGCGGGAAUUAAGGUUUCAACGAGGUAACAAAAAAAUUAAUUACACAAAGUGUCUCCAGUGGUAGAAGGCACGGGGUGGGGGGAGGAAACUGGGAGCAAAACCAGGAGUUUGCCUCUUAUGUUAACAACUAUUCCACAGGUAUCCAUACUUAAAGGCAGGAAAAAUGUGCUCCUGGGGUAAAGCCCACGGAGGUGAUUUGGGUCUGUUGCUGUUUGCAGAGUGUGUUUGAGUAACUGUGGUGACAGUUCUGGUACCGAGGUGUUCACAACGAAGCAGAGACAGCCAAUAAAGCAUCAAACAUCA